AAGCUGGUGAAAGAGAAGCCAGAAAUCUCUCUCUCUCUAAAGAGUUGUUGGUCACUUCCCCCAUGGCUGGCGCAUGAGCACAAUCUCUCUCACAUAAAGAAAGAAAACUAUCAUCUCCCCUACUUUCUCUCUCUAAACUAGUAGGAAACCAGACAAAGAUUCAAUACUGAAAAUAUCAGAGAAAUGGAGUUGGGUUUGAGUUCUCAGUCAAAGAAGAGUGUAUCAUCUUCAGCUGAUAAGCUUAGUUAUCUUCCAAAAGAGAUUAUCUCUUCCAUUCUCUCUUUCUUACCUGUAAGAGAGGCAGGAAGAACCUCUGUUCUCGCUCGUAAAUGGCGAAACAUGUGGGCUUCGAUGCCUGUAUUGAACUUGGACGUUGAUUCUUUCUCUGAGAGCAAAACAGAUGAAACCCAAGAGUUUUUUUAUGACUGGAAUAUGAUAAUCCACAACUUUGUCUCUCUACAUGAAGGACCCAUUUUAGGGUUCCGGCUGCAAGAGCCCAUAUGCUUCUGGCCCUGGGACCUUGAUCAAUGGGUCGAUUUAAUUACCAAAAAAGGCUUGCAAGUGUUUUCGAUUAAGCGACUGAGGUCCCACAUUAAUCUCUACACAUUGCAUUCAUCUCUGUUUAUGUGCUCCUCUUUGGUAACACUUGAGUUGGUUGAUUGCAAAUUGGAACCCCCACCUGGUUUUCAGGGAUUUCUCUCUCUAAAGUUUCUCUCUCUUGAGAAAUCAUCAGUGAGUGAUUUAGUCCUUGAAUAUCUGGUUUCCAACAGCAAAAUGUUGGAGAAUUUGAAGCUAAUCGACUGUAUUGACCUCUGCUGCAUUAUGGUUCAUGGACUAAGUCUUCUCUCGUUCUAUCUGAAGGGUGAAUUCCUUGCUAUUGAUCUCAGUGGUAGUCUCAAUUUGAAGAGGGUAACGAUUCAUUGGAGUUGUAUUGGAGAUCCAAGAGAUUGUGUUUUGAGUCAGGUUAUAGAGGGUCUCACCAAAUUAGAUUUUCUUGGCUUCUCUGGCUGGACAACAUCGGAUAUAUUUGAUGGGGCUUUGGAUACUAAGAUGCAGAGACUUUCUGCUCCUUACAAUUCUCUAAAUGUAUUGGAUAUAGAGCUAAUCUGGUUUGCUAGAGAGGAUUUCAUGGGAAUUGUAUAUUUCCUAAAGAAUUCCCCAUACUUAGAGGUUCUUCGAAUUAAGAUUGAUGUUGCCAUAGAAGCUGAAGGUAGUGGGAGUUUGAAGGUUUCUAUAAACGAAGAAGCUGAAGAUGGUGAGAGUUCAGAGACUCUUGUGAUCAAGGAAGCUGAAAAUUGGGAGAGGUCAGAGGCUGCUAUCAACAAAGAUACUGAAGCUGGAAGUAAUGGAUUGUUUUGGAAGAAAUUCAAUUGUGAUUCCAAUCCUUGGAUGGGUUGCCUCAAAAUAGUGGAUAUAAAGUCUUUGAAAGGGUACGAGCAGGUCUUGGAAAUUGCAGCAUUCUUCCUAUUGAAUGCAAACGUAUUGGACGUGUUAUAUAUCAAGACUGAAAAGCCAUGCAAUCAAGAUGUGAAAGUUGAGAUGGAGAAGCGGUUGGCCUCUUUUCCUAUAGCUUCAUCUCAUGCCAUGAUCGCAUACAGUAACAGUUAGGCUUGAUGAUUGUUUGGAUAGCUUGGGCAACUUUGCCAUUUUGAUAGUUUAGUGGUACUUGUAUAUAUACCAAACUGUGUAUACCUUAAAGGAAUACUACAGAAGUGGAUCUCUUUUUUUGUGAAGGCAGAGAUCAAACUUUUGAUCAUUUUGAAGAAUAUGUUUGGGGGAGGCUAUAAAAUGCUACAGAAAUGGAUACCUUUUAGUCAAUGGGGAGGGGGGGCUCCAUUUUUUGAUAGUUUUGGAGAAUAUGAAAUGGGUGAGUUUCUUUAGGAAGAGAGCACCUGGAUUGUCGGUCACUAUAAUACAAUGUAAUCUUUAGUUACAGAAAUACAAUGUUAACAUUUCCGGGAAAAAAAGAAAAUGAAAUGGAUGAAUGACAAGGAAAAGGUAAGGGACUUUCCUUCGUUUAUUUCGUUCUUCUUUUUCUCGGUUCUCUUUUGAUAUGUGUGGGAUUUCAGACCAAAAACUUCGAUGCCACACUAUGAAUUCCAAGUCUACUAUGCUAUGGUUUGGAUCCAUUGAUAGAUGCAAACUUUGUCACGGAUUUAUACAGGAAUAGAU